GAUUCAUUUACUUUCAGCGUAGCACACUUUUACUACGAUGAAUAUUUAGGUUUGGUCUUUAAUCCUCUUGGUUUGGACUAAACAAACAUCUGCCUGAAGCCCCGCCUCCUGGGAAAGGGUCAAUGUUUUUCUUUUGCCUUCUUUGCUUUUGGCUUUUUGUAACUCGAGAGAGACGGGACCUUUCUGGGGUUGAUCAAACUUCCUGUUUGCCUUGGUGGCGCUGCGACUGGUCGCUCUGCCGCCUCACAGCCAGAAGACUGCGGGUUCUAAACCCAGGUGCAGCUUUAACCGACGGCCUUCUCUGGAUGUCUCUUUGAUAAAAUCACUGGCAGCGUAAAUAAACACGCUUACAGCUCGGGUUGGAUGAAGAACAGAGUUAAUUAAAACCUCCACCACGGCGUAUUUCACACAGCCGGCUCCGCCAGAACCAAAAACCCAAACGUUUAAUUAAAACAGAGAACGGCCUGUUCGUGGACUCCGUGAUAACGGGAGCAGUCCGAGACUAAUGGACCAUGGGGGGGUGAGCAUUCCUCUGGAGAUGCUCCAGCCACCAGAUGACUCUCUGCUGAUCGCUGAGCAACACAAACUCGAUGCGGGCAGGUAAAAGUCCCACUCUGGGGGAAAAACACACCUGAGGGGGUUAAACCCUGUAAUCGUAGAAGGACACCUGCAUCCUUCUGGUAAGUGAGUGAGACAAAGGUGAGUGAAGAGCUCUUUAAACGGAUUUAUUCUCCUGAUCGAUAAAGUUUUGAACACUCGGCGUCACCGAGAGCAUCUUGAGGAAAGGGGUUUGGUCUGAGACUGCUCGCUUGUGUCCUCUCAGCUGUGAAAGACCUCUUUGUGGUCGGGUUCACUGGAACGGGUCGAGUAAGCCGAUAGCAGGAGCGCUCAGAUGCUUCAGGUCCUUCCUCCUCUUCAGUGAUGUCAGCCCCUUCACAGGCUCCUCCCCUGCACCUGCCCAGGUUUAUAUAAGGAUGCUCGUCAGAUUAAGCACCUGCAGCAGCAGCAGACCUCCCAGCAUGUCGGUCGGACUGGAGCUGAUAGGCAUCUCUCUGUGCAUCCUGGGAUGGGUUAUCGCCGUCGUGGCCUGCGCCCUCCCCAUGUGGAGGGUGACGGCCUUCAUCGGCAGCAACAUCGUGACAGCUCAGAUCAUCUGGGAGGGUCUGUGGAUGACCUGUGUGGUCCAGAGCACGGGGCAGAUGCAGUGUAAGGUCUACGACUCCAUGCUUGCCCUCUCCCAGGACCUCCAAGCAGCCCGAGCCCUCACCGUCAUCUCCAUCCUGUUGGCCAUCCUGGCCGUUCUCGUCGCCAUCGCCGGGGCAAAGUGCACCAACUGCAUCGAAGACGAGGCCUCCAAGGCAAAAGUCAUGAUCAUCUCUGGAGUCUUCUUCAUCGUUUCAGGCGUCAUGCAGCUGAUCCCCGUCUCCUGGUCGGCUCACACCAUAAUCCGGGACUUCUACAACCCUUUACUGACUGAUGCUCAGAGGAGGGAGCUGGGGGCGGCGCUGUACAUCGGCUGGGCGGCGGCUGCGCUCCUGGUUCUGGGUGGUGGACUGCUGUGCUGCUCCUGUCCACCUCGUGAGACCAGAUACAACACGUCACGCAUGGCUUACUCCGUCCAGCGGUCUGCAGGAGGCCCGGUGCUGGAGAGGAAGGACUACGUAUGAGCGAGGGUCGAGUGAGGAAAGGCAUUUCUGAGCACCCCCCCCCCCCCCCCCCCCAUCCCCACCAAACAGCCAGCAAGUCCCAGAAAGGACAAAAGAAUCGGUUUGGUAUUGAUUAACAACUCUGAGCGCCACCCAUCGGGGAGAAAAACCGCUUGUGUGAAGUUGUUAGAGCGCGUUUUUCAGCAUUAAACGUUUUUUUAUUCAACUGGAAGAUCUUUUUAUAAACGUCUUUAAUGUUUACGACAGAAAUGAGCUUUUUGUGGAGCGCGGCUUGCUGCGGGGGUCACAGGCAGGAUGUUGUCAUGACUCACCCGUUACUGUGUGUCUGACGGACUUUCCCAUCACGUCUGUUUGUCCUAAACGUGUUUUUUAUUAAACUUCAUGUUUUUUAGCUACUCGUUGUUUUGAUUGAAAGUCUCACCUGGUUUUUAAACGCCGUAUGUGACGAGAAAAAGAGCAACGUCAGGAUGAGCCGUGCUGUUGUAGAGCAACCGAUGACAUUUAAUCUGAAGGGCCGUGUUACGUCCAGGUGGCAACUUACACACACACACACACACACACACACACACACACACACACUCAGCAAUUAGCCGUGGGAUCAGGUCAGAGGCGCAGGGAGGAGGGAAGAGGUAACAAACGUCCGUGAUCUUAAUUUAAAGCCAGAAGAGAGCAGCAUCGCCUUCGUGACUCCAAGCACACGCAGACGCAACCGAGGACAAAAACCUGAAGUGUAGGAAGACUUGACAGUAAAUGCAGAAGAGGAGGUUUAAUGCCACAUUGUGUUGCCAUACAUGCGUGUUAGAGGUUAUUUAUUUGUUAUCAGAGCCAAGCGUUGUCAGGUUUAGCUGAGAACUUCCAUCAUGUUCGCUCAUUUGGACCCAAAUCAGCGACUUUUUCUUUCAGAUUUUAUUUUUAUUUGAAAUAAAGUGAAAAUUAAAAAUGUUUAUGAAGAUUAAUAAAGACGUUCAUUUUGUUUCCUUCAGGCUGUAAAUACACUGAUUAAAUACCUGAACCCAG